AUGAAGCCAUCAUCCACCGGAGAAGCACCAUCAAAAGUACCGAAGAAUGGUGCAUUUGCCUCAAUCUCAAAAACCGAGGCAGCACAAAUGGAAACGCAGCAAACGAAAGUAUCUAUCAAAAGUAGUCCAAACUCAAGCUCCAUUGCUGAAGCAAACCACGUUUUGUUUGGCAGGGGGAAGCGAUUUACCUAUCAUCCAGGAAAUCAGCGGAUGCGCCGGAUCCUCGACAAGUACAGGUCUCAAUACUUUGGUGCCUCAUGUGCGGAAAAACGCAAGCUAAUCAAGAAAGCAUACGAGGAGAUCGUCGAAGGUGGUGUAAAAUUCUUGAAGCCGGCUGGAAGGGAGGACGAGUGGGUCGAAGUUGAUGUUGAACUUGCAAUCCAAAAGGUGGGCCAUUCGCUUCGUUGCCGAAGGUCUUGCAAAGGCAACAUUCAAGCGUCUUUGACAACCCGGAAGGCGCCUACUACAAUAUUACAAAAUGGUAUGACAACCCAAACUACUUCUGAGUUUGUUGGAGAGUCAGUUGUUGGUUCCCCGAUGUUCCAGCAAAGCCAAAUGCAGCAGCAGCAGCAGCAGCAGCAGAUACAAUCCGAAUCAAUCACGCAUCCACUGGGAGACGAGCUGUUGAGACGGGCAAUUGCACAACGGCGAGCACUUGAUCUCGGUCUUUCAUUGCUUCCACAUCCAAUGGCAUCUUCAUUGCUUCCAAAUCCAAUAACGUCUUUAUUGGUUCAGCAACUUCAGCUUGAGAGGCUUGGAUUGUUGCCAUUAUAUACAGCUAGAACGGCAACUAUGCAACCCGGAGCUAUGUCGCAGGGGGCACUGCGAGUGAUUGAACGUGAAGAGGAGCUUCUUCGGAUAAUGUCGUCGCGUGGCAACAAAUUUCCAGGACUUUGA